CAUGGAUGAUGACGAUGAUCUGGACGAACUGCUGGAUGAAGUUGAAAAAAAGUUUUGUAGCAACGUGUCUGUCGCAUCUUCAGCUCGCGUGAGCUCGAGCGAGGCGGCUGGAAAAUGCGGGAAAGACGAUGCGGGACAGAGAAAACACAGGGCCACAAAGCCUGAACAGCCUAUAAGCAGCGUCACUGAGGAUAUCGAUGCCCUUCUGGAGGAAUUAUUGGAGGAAGACCACAGUGAUUCCCCUCAACUGCAGGCUCAACAGUUUCCUAAAGGAACACAAGUGGAGAAGAAGCUGUCCUCUCAGUCCGGAGGGAGAAAGUGCUGCCCGGUUUUCGUUGGCGGGAGCUCUGUCACAAAUGGUGUAGGAACAGCAGCAUCCAGGAGGUCAUGUGACCAGUUGAGAUGUACAUCCUGUGACUUCCGGGUGCUGAUGUUCGAUGACUGUGAGUGGGACUUGUCUUGUGACUACCUGUUCCUCAGAAACAACAUGCCGGACCGACAGAAGCUGAGAGCCAAGCUGAAGAAGAGGAGCGGGCGACGGGCGUACGCCUGCCAGUGCAGCUGGUUCUCCACGUUAGAGCCCACGGACCUCAGAGACCAACCUCAGCUCAGAUGGGUCUGUGGCAAACACCAGAGCUGAUGUUCAGUCCUCGCAGCCGCGGGACGUCCAGUCCUCUCUGCUGCGGGACGUUCAGUCCUCUCUGCUGCAGGACGCUCAGUCCUCGCUGCUGCUGCGGGAC